AUGCUCAAAAUUGAGAUCCCGUCGUCCUUUGGAACUCGACCUGGUGAUAUCAACGAAAAAUACACCACUUUCAAGUCGGAAGAAUGGAAGAACUGGAUCGUCAUGUAUUCGCUUCCUGCGCUGUACUGCGCCAAUCUCCCAGAGGAGCAUCUCGAGGGAUGGGGCUACUUUGUGGACGCAGUGCGGCUGAUGAUCCAAAACAGCCUCGACACUGGAGAUCUCCAAUUGAUCAAGGUCUUGAUUUCCAAGUUUUAUCGAUACUACACCAGAGUCCUGGCAAAGCUCGGCGAUAUCGCCGGAGUCACCGACGAGGGAAUCAAGCUGAUGACCAUCACGAUUCAUAACCUGCUGCACAUGCCCGAAUGCGUGACAAUGAAUGGGCCGCCGUGCUACAAUUGGCAGUUCUUCAUGGAGCGGUUUGGCGGAUUGCUGAUGGGCAUGGUCAACUCUCGAUCCAACCCUCUCGCAAAUAUCGAGAUGGAGCUCAACACAAUGACGGCCAUUGAUCAGUACAAUUCCGAAAGACAACCCAUCGGCGACUCGGACCAAGAUCAGCAGACACUCGUUGAGGACACCAGUAACGUGCAGAGCUUCCUUAUUGCGAGCUCUAUGUACAUGUUCAAGAUGAAGAUUGGACUUUGGGGUCUUGAUGAUGCCAUCAAAGGGAAGUUGGUGGAUGGCUAUGCUCAGUUUCUCACCGAGGAACAGUGGCAUAUCCAUCGGCUACUCGGACCCGAGUUGAGAACGGAGGUGCUGCGAGAGCUGUCAAUGCACCGACGUUCUUCGGUUGGAGACGCCUAUUUGAUCAUGAAGCGUGGCGAUCUGACGGUCGAAGGAUAUGAAGUACCAAAACGACAAGGCUCAAGGCUGAACAGCCGAGUUCGGAUUCGAGCGUUCGAUACUCUGAGAGAGUGCUUUGUGACAAGAUACGCUAUUGUCCUGCGCUUCUUCAAGCACCAGUUCCGUGGAAAAGAGAAGCACUGGGCCUACUGCAAUGUUCUGGAUGAUCCAAGCCAGCUCGGCGACGACGGAGAGUAUCGACGAUGCAAAAUCACAAAAACCAUUCGGGUCAGCUCGGAAAUACAGUGGACACGUGCAUUUGUGCCAGUGGAGUGGAUAGAGACCACAGUUGCACUCCUCCAAGAUGGUGACGAUAUCUUCUUCCUGGACGGCGAGAACCACGCCAAGUAUAUCCGUCAGGACACAUCGAGGGAAUAUGCUUGA